AUGAAUAGGCCUGCGGGAGAUAGGAAAGGUCUAGGAUAUGUUGAGGAUAAUACACAUGUUGCUGGUUCGUCUAAGACUGUAUUUGUUUCUGCCUCUAAGAAAUCUAACGUUGUCAGCAAUCCAAAUAAGGGUAAGAAUGUUCCGAGGGAACAGAUUCAUCAAUCACGUAGGAAUAUCAUGCCCAGAUACCCACAGACACGUACCUUUGAGCCUAGGUUCAUUCCCACCUGUCACCACUGUGGAGCUCUAGGACGCACUAGGCCUAGAUGUUAUAAGUUAGGCAAUGAGCGUAGAAAUCUGAAUAUUCCUAGUCAGGUUAGCUUUCUGUCUAAUCAAGUUAGUCAUUUGACUGAGAUGCUUACUAAGCUAACUAGGAGUACCUUGUCAUCUAAGAAAGCUUGGGUUAAAAUGGGGGAUCUAGCUGGACAUUCAGGUCAGGUAAAUUGUUAUGUUGCUCAUGUUGCAUUAAAAGCCCAAAAUUAUAAUAUGUGGUACCUAGAUAGUGCAUGCUCUAGGCAUAUGUGUGGUACUGUACAAAUGCAUGGAUUACCUGUGAUUUCAAAUGUGCUUUAUGUGAAAGGUUUAAAGUCGAACUUGUUAAGUAUUAGUCAGAUUUAUGAUGCUGAUUUUGAGGUUAGCUUUGUGCAAAAGAGAUGUACCGUGUAUGAUUCAUCUGGUGUGGUGGUCCUUGAAGGGGUUAGAACGUCUGAUAACUGUUAUGGAGUCCUACCUAAUUCUAACUAUGUGUGUAGGAGUGCAAAAAUUGAUGUGAAUGAACUCUGCCACAAAAGAUUGGGUCAUUUAAACUACAAGAGUCUAGUACAUCUGGCUAAAAAGGAGUUGGUAGAUGGUUUGCCUAAAAUAGGUCCUAGUGAAAAUGUUGUGUGUGGACCAUGUCAACUAGGUAAACAACUUAAGGGAAGCCAUAAAAAGACUUCUAAAAUUCUGACCAAAAGACCACUGGAAUUGAUACACAUGGAUUUAAUGGGACCAUCUAGGACUGAGAGUUUAGGAGGUAAGCGGUAUAUUUUGAUUGUGGUAGAUGAUUUCUCGAGGUUCACAUGGAUAGAAUUGCUUAGGGAAAAAUCUGAUGCAUGUGAUCUUAUAAAAUCUUUAUGUAAACGGUUUAGUAAUGAACUCAAUCUCAAAGUGUCCAGAAUGCAUAGUGAUCAUGGAAAAGAGUUUGAAAAUUUUAAUCUUAAGAGUUUCUGCAUGGAUGAAGGCAUACUACAUGAGUUCUCUUCCCCUAUCACUCCUCAACAAAAUAGGGGACUAGCCUUACAUUUUUGGGGAGAAGCUGUUAAUACUGCAUACCACAUAAUCAAUAGAGUCUACCUUAGACCUAAAACCGAUCAGACUCCAUAUGAGAUUCUAAAGGGUAAAAAGCCUACUGUUAAAAUACUUUCGUGUGUUUGGGAGAUGGACGAUAGAAAUGGUGAUCUUAUAAGGUCUAGUGAUCCUACUGAACUACCUGUGUCUGAAUCAUCUCUUAGAAUACUUGAAACACCUGAAAAGGAAACACAUCCACAAGAUCGAGACAAAAAUCCUAAGGAACCAUCGUCUAGGGUCACGUCCAAUCAUCCUAAGGACAAUAUCAUUGGGGAUCUAGAUGAAGGUAUGAGGCUUCGUAAAAGGGUUGAGCCCAAGAAAGUCGAAGAGGCUCUUUGUGAUGAGUGUUGGGUGAAUGCGAUGUAUGAGGAACUAAAUCAAUUUGCUAGAAACAAUGUGUGGAUUUUAGUUCCUAGACCUGAAAACUGUAAUGUUAUUGAAGAAGUCUAUGUUGAACAACUAAAAGGAUUUGUUGAUCCAAAGUUUCCCCACUAUGUCUACAAACUCCACAAAGCACUCUAUAGUCUAAAACAAGCUCCUAGAGCUUGGUAUGAGAGACUUACGUCAUAUCUUGAGGAACAUGGGUUCUCUCGAGGUGGUGUUGAUAGGACCUUAUUUAUUAGACAUAUUGAAAAAACUAUCACUAUUGCCCAAAUUUACGUCGAUGACAUCAUUUUUAGUUCUCCCAUUGAGUAUCUAACGUAUGAGUUCGCUGAGUGUUUGAAGCAAGAAUUUGAGAUAAGUAUGGUUGGUGAGUUGAGUUACUUCCUUGGACUUCAGGUGAAACAGGCUGAGGAUGGGUUGUUUAUUUCACGGUCUAAGUAUGCAAAGGAUUUAGUUAAGCGCUUUGGGUUAGACAGUAAGAAGCAUACUAGGACACCUAUGAGUACUAGCUUGAAGUUAGGUCGUGAUCCUUCAGGUAAGAGUGUAGAUCCUUCACUAUAUCGAAGUAUGAUAGGUAGUCUUCUCUAUCUCACAGCUACUAGACCUGACAUUGCUUUCAGUGUUGGAAUGUGUGCUCGAUUUCAAGCAGAUCCCAAAGAAUCACACUUAAGCUUGAUUAUACGCAUCAUUAGAUAUGUGAGUGGUACCGUUGAUCUAGGCAUUUUCUAUUCUAGAGAUUCUAAUCUUGAUUUAGCUGGCUACUCUGACGCCGAUUGGGCUAGGAAUGCAGAUGAUAGAAAAAGUACAUAUGGGGGCUGUUUCUACAUGGGUAGCAAUCUCGUAGCCUGGUUAAGUAAGAAACAAAAUUCCAUAUCCCUAUCCACGACAGAGGCCGAAUACAUAGCAGUUGGAAGUUGCUGCACUCAGCUUCUCUAG